AUGAAUGGGGAAGAAUGUGAUUGUGAAGGUGAACCACUAACCAGUACCAUUUCCAUGGUUUUGGAUGUCACCAUCACUAAUGAUGGUAGAUUUUUGCUGUCUGCUGAUCGUGAUGAGAAGAUUCGUGUCUCGCGAUAUCCACAGGCUUUCGUCGUGCAGUCAUUUUGCCUUGGUCACGAUGCUUAUGUUAGCUCACUUGCUCAAAGCGGAACUCGCGUGUUUUCUUGUGGUGGUGAUGGUGUUGUACAUGAAUGGGAUAUACAAAAUGGUCAGUCGAUUGCUCACUCUGUCAAAUUAGGCGAUGAACCAUUGCGAAAACUUCGUAUUUUAUCCGUGGGUGAAUCAUUUGAGAUUGUUACCGUUGGUGGAUGUACUAUCUUUCGGUUAGAUGACAAAUUGAACUUGAUAAAGAGCUUCAAAACACCCAGCGAAAUUAUGGAUAUGACUAUUCAAGAUAUGAAAUUGAUUGCUAUAAGCAAUUCUGGUGUUCACUUGGUCGAGGCUGACACUGGUAAUGUAAGAGAUGUUACUAUCACAAAUGAUCUUUCUGACGCGCUUGACGCUGCCAGAGAUCCGAUCUCCAACUACUUCAAGAAUGUUACACAUCAAAAUAUGGUGGAUUACUUCAAAAGGAAGGUAAGAAUUUGCGAAAAAUUCGCCUUCUGA